AUGUUGCAGAGAGCAGCAAGCAAUGCAUAUUCAUGGUGGUGGGCUAGCCAUAUCAGGACAAAGCAAUCGAAAUGGCUGGAAGAAAACCUUCAGGAUAUAGAGGACAAGGUGGGUGAGAUGCUCAAAAUCAUCGAUGAUGAUGGGGACUCAUUUGCCCAAAGAGCAGAAAUGUACUACCGGAAGAGGCCAGAACUCAUAAAUCAUGUAGAAUACUCAUACAGGUCAUACCGAGCAUUAGCAGAAAGAUAUGAUCACCUUUCAAAAGAGUUGCAAAGCGCCAACCGCACAAUUGCAACUGUGUAUCCAGAACAAGUUCAAUUCGAGAUGGAUGCUGAAGAUGAAGAUGUUAGAAGUGAAACAUCUUCUUCUGACAAUGAGAAGCCAUCCAAAGGUUUCAUCCCAAAAGUCCCCGCAGCACCAAUGAAAGAUUUCUUGAAGAGUCCUUCAAUGGGACUCCCAAAAAAGUGGCUAAGGAAAGCUGGUAGUUCUGCUAAAGCUCCUGCACCACCACCGAAAUCAGGCCUCACCAAAAACGAAGCAUUAGAGGAAAUUGAUAAGCUUCAGAAAGAAAUAUUGGGAUUACAAACUGAGAAGGAGUUUGUUAAGAGUUCACAUGAAUGUGCAUAUGAAAAGUAUUGGGGUAUUGAGAGCCGGAUAACUGAAAUACAAGCGAAUGUCAGCUGCUUACAGGAUGAAUUUGGAAUUGGUACUGUUAUAGAUGACAAUGAAGCUAGAAAUUUGAUGGCAUCCACGGCUCUGAACUCAUGCCAAGAGACCUUGGCCAAGUUGCAAGAGAAACAAGAGCAAUCAGCUGGAUUGGCAAAGGUAGAGUUCCAAAGGAUCUUGCAGUAUCAUGAGAAGAUUGCAAACCUCAGAAAUCAGGCUCUUCCCGAACAAACAAAUGAGCACAAACCCUUUACCGCGAAGAAACAUGUGUCUUUGACCGCUGGAUCAAGUUCAGAAUUGAAAGACUUAGAUCCAGAGAUUAGUAGUACGGAAAAUAGUGGAAAUGGGGAACUGUUGGGGGAAAAGUUUAAGGAACAGCUUGCAGUUGAUUCAAACUCGUCCCUCUCAGUGACGCAACUGGCUGAGAAGAUUGAUGGAGUUGUAGAUAAAGUAGUUAAUUUGGAAUAUCAGGUCUCUUCUCAGACGGCUUUGGUGACGAGAUUAAGAUCAGAAAACGAUCAGAUUCAGGCACAAAUUCAGAGCCUGGAAGGGGACAAGGAAGCUCUAAUUGCAGGUUCGGACAAUAUGAACGAAAGGCUAAUAGCGGUGGAGGAAGAGUUAGCUAGAAUAAGAAGUCUCAACCAAAGCGUUGAAGAUCAAAACAACAACCUCCAAACACAUUUUACUGAAGCAAGUUGUAACAUUGAUUACUUGUCUGAGAAGUUACAGAGUGUGGACUUCGAAGAGGAUGUGGAGGAUGAAGGAUUAUUCCCACAAGUGAAAGCGGCUUCAGAUGCAAAAGAAGAAAAUGAGUUCAAAGAAGAAGAAGAAGAAGAAGAAGAAGAAAAUGCAAUGAGCAUAAAAGACCCAGAACCUGAGAAGGAUAAUAAUACUUCAGUUCUCAGUAAUUCUGUCGAAGCUGAACAAGAAAACAUUGUUGAUUCCUGCCCAAAUGUUAAGCUUGAGAUUAAUUCUGAACACUCUCAGAAAUUGAGAUUGACCAAUGAAGAGAACGAUGAGAAGAAAGAUAUGUCCUAUACAAGAAGCUGCAAUCUUAAUAUCGACCUAGAGGAACUUGGAAUUGAAGAGGGAGAUCCUAACUGGAGGAUGCUCUCACCUGGAUUAGAGGAAAGAGAGAAAAUUCUAAUAGAGGAGUACACUUCAGUUCUUCAGAAUUAUAUGGAUGUAAAAAGAAAGCUGAGUGAAGUGGAGAAGAAAAACCGUGAUGGAUUUAUAGAAUUGGCAUUGCAGAUAAGGGAAUUGGAAAAUGCUGUUGCCUUCAGAGAUGAUGAGAUUCAAUCUUUACGAAAUAAAAUCAGCUCACCGCAAAGCAGCGUGACAGAGUCUCAUCAGGGAGGAUCAACAUCCCGUGAAAGCAUAACACAAGUAGGCAUCUCCCCAGAAUCUAAUUUUUCAUCACAAGCUUCGCCAAAGCCAGUUCCAUUCAGUGAACAUAGUUAUGAUUUCAAAGAGAAAAGCGAACCGAACAAGUCUCCUCAAAAAGAAGAAACCAAUUUGAAGGUAAAAUAUGUCAAGACUCCCAGUUCUCUUACAACUAUAGAAGAAAAAAUCCGUUCGGACAUCGAUGAACUUCUGGAGGAAAACCUGGAGUUCUGGUUGAGGUUCAGCACUUCUUAUCAUCAGAUACAAAGGUACCAAUCUACAGUACGUGACCUGAAAGCAGAGUUAACAAAACUGAAGAUUAACGAGAAGAAAGAAGAAAAUACAAAGCAGCCGUAUCUUCCGUCUGAUCCCCGAGCAAUAUAUAAACACUUGAGAGAAAUACAAACAGAAUUAACACUGUGGUUGGAAAACAAUGAAGUUCUGAAAGAUGAAUUGCAUGGAAGGUAUUCAUGUUUGUGCAAUAUCCAAGAAGAGAUAGCAAGAGUGUCAAGUGCAGGUGGAAAGGCUGAAGAGAAUGGACUAAGUAAUUAUCAAGCGGCAAAGUUCCUAGGCGAGGUUCUAAACAUGAAACAGGAGAAUACCAAGAUUGCGGAUCAACUGUGUGCAGGACAUGAGCGUGUUGAGAAGCUGAAGAUGGAGUUGGAAACCACACUGGCAAAACUUGAUGAAGAAUUCAGAAGACGAGGACCCACAAGAAGCCCAAGUCGAGCAAGAAUUCCCUUGCAGUCUUUCUUGUUCGGAGUGAAGUUAAAGAAGCAUAGACAAAAGCCAUCACUCUUUUCAUGCAUGAAUCCGGCAUUACAGAAACAGUACAGUAGUCUAGCUAUAGCUGGACAUUAUCGAUAGUAAUUAAUAGAUUGUGUGUGCAGAUAUAUUUUAGGAUUUUGAAUU